CUUCCGGUUAUACAGGAAGGAUGUUGUUGAACACGCUUGAGGCGGGCAAACGCGGCUGGCUGCGGACGGGCGUGGUUUUGUGGCUGAAGCGUGAUCAUGUUUCUCCAGUUUUAUCUUAACGAGCAGGGCGAUCGAGUCUAUACGCUGAAGAAGUUUGAUCCUCUGGGACAGCAGACUUGCUCAGCCCACCCUGCUCGGUUCUCCCCAGAUGACAAAUACUCGAGACACCGAAUCACAAUCAAGAAACGCUUCAAGGUGCUCAUGACCCAGCAACCGCGUCCUGUCCUUUGAAGGCUCGUUAAUGUCUUCCUGCCGUCGGUCCUCCCCGUUCUGUGCUUGACGGUAACCAAAGGCAUCAGACUGCAAGCCAUGAAACUUUCUUAACCACCCCAGGCUCUUUGGAAUCCAAUCUCGUCGUUGCUUUUGACCACGAUUGAGUCAGUAGCGGGGCAUCGCCUGUAAAGGGAGCAAAAACAAAUUUGACAUUUUUCCCUUCGCAUUUUGAAUUACUGCCAGGUUAUUAAAGAUAAAAUGAUUUGAAAGCGCA